CUGAGGGGCAGUAGCAGUGGGUGCAGUUGUGGGAGCAGGCGGGGAGGGGUAGCUCUGUGCCGGGGAGAUGAGGCCUCCUGGGAUCCCGGAGCUGCUGCUGUGUCUCUGGGUGUCUGGCAGAUGGAGCCCGGCUGUGUCUGCUGCGGGGCUAAUGGAAGUGCCCAUAGGGCAGUUUAAAGACUUGAGGUUGAACCACACGACUCCUACUGAGAUCCUGUUGCAGAACAUUCCGGGGAACGUGAGCUUCAUUCUGUUCCACGUACAUACGCUCUACCAGAACGUGACGGUCUCGCUCAACAAGAUUCCCACCGUGAAUGAUUCUGAAACUGGCAGCGACGCCGGCUUACUGAAUGUCCUCCGACCCAUACAGUCCAACUGCACCUGGUACUUGGCAUCCACAGAUCUCAACCAACUGCUGGCAACCGUGGUGACUGUCCCAUAUGGAGAGAAAGAUCCAGUCCCCGGGGCAUGUAACUUGGAGUUCAAUCUGGAUAUUGACCCAAAUGUUUAUCUGCAGUAUAAUCUCUAUGAAACAGUAAUUACUUUUGCACCUGCCAAUCUGGGAUAUGCUAGGGGGAACAAUCCGCCUCCCUGUGACGUUAAGUUGGAGCAGCAGACAAGAUGGCGGUUGCUUUAUGAUGUCUAUCAGUAUUUCCUGCCAGAGAAUAACCUCAAUGAUACAGUGUUACUUGCUCAUCUACACAGGAUGUCUAUGGUGCAGCCAAUCAUUAGCAAUGGCAUUAAGUUGCUCACCCUGACCUCGGAGCAGAUGACCAGAGUCGCCUUCUCUUCCAUCCCCGGCCAAGGAGUCAUAUACAACGUGAUCGUACGUGAUCCCCUUCUCAACACCUCUGCCGCCUAUGUGCCUGUUCAUACGUACGCGUGCAACUUCGCCAACGUCAUGGACAACUGCUACACGCUGGGGAAAGCCUCGACCAAAGUGUUUUUCACGCUCUUCGCUCUCUUCGGCCUCUUCAUCUGCUUCUUUGGGCAUGGAUUUCUCAAGACAGAAUUCUUUUUCAUGGGGUUCAUCAUUGUCGGGUUCUUGAUCUUCAUCCUCCUCGCCAGGGUGACCUUCCUGGGAUACGAUGCCCUCCUGGGACUAACGACAGUAUCGGGGAUCAUCGGUGGCCUCCUCUUUGUGGGGUUCUGGUGGAGAUUCGGCUAUCCUCUUGUCUGCGUGAUGCUUGUGGGCCUAGUUCUAGGGUUCCUGAUGGCUUCCAUUAUAUUCUUCACGCCGGUUGGGGAUUAUGCCACCUUCCACGACGACACAGUGUUCUGGCUCACCUUUACCUGUAUUUCCUUGGUGGUCCCGGUGGCCUUCCUCGCCUCGGCUAAAUUACUGAAUAUACUGACCUGCGCAGUAGUGGGCUCCUACACUCUGGUUCUGGCCGUAGACAGUUAUGUGUUUACGAGUCUCACCUACAUCACCUUGAACAUUGUGAAGAGGGCAGUAAACCAGUCCUUCAGUGGCGCCUACACCAGCGUGCCUUUCCAGACCAACGAUUUCAUCAUGAUUGCAUUAUGGGUAGUCCUGUCUGUUAGCGGAGUAGCCACCCAGCUGUAUCGGGAGCGAGAGAAGCCGCCCUUCCCGCCGGCACCAUACACGUUGUGGAAAAGAGACAGAGAGCGUAGGAAAACCAACGUCCUGGACCCCAGCUACCACCUCCCGCCAUUAAGGGAACGGGUGCUUCUCCGACUGGCGCAGUUCCGGGAAUUUUUCCGCGGGGAGCAGCCCACGGGCGAAAGGACACCGCUGCUUUUAUAGCGCGACGGAGCAGGAAAGUGUUAAUUCUGCCAUAAAUCACGGGUGCCAAGAAGACAGAUGUCAUUUUAUAUACAUUCUGUGGCCGUAACCAUGGGAGGCGGAGUCUGCGGAAGAUGAAAUGACCCCCCCCACUGGCAGUGCUGAACACUCCCUGAUUGCUAUAAAGCCCCCCCCCCCC